GAACCAGCACAAGAAUAUCCCCUCGAUCCAUCGUCUUCCUCCUCCGUCCUGCUUCGCCCCCUCCCCUUCCCUCCCCCUCCCCUCUUCUCUUCCUCGUCUCGCCUCCUAUCCAUCUAUUCCAAGCCAACACCACCCCACUUCCUUACAAGAAUCUUCCCCAAGAACCUUGUACAACAAGAGAGAGGUGCCUUCGUUGGUGUACGACGAUGAAUCACUGGGUGGAGGAGUUUCUCGUAUCGGAUUGAUCAAUCUCCACUGCUAAAAACAAGGGAGGCGCGGCCGGUUUUGUUUGGUUCCUCCCCAGCCAAUCCUUUACUCCCCUUCCAUGGAGGACGGCAAGAUGGGGAAUGCCACCACCAUCCGCGCGGUGCUCGCCAUCCUCCAGUGGUGGGGCUUCAACGUCACGGUCAUCAUCAUCAACAAGUGGAUCUUCCAGAAAUUGGAGUUCAAAUUUCCUCUGACUGUGUCGUGCGUCCACUUCAUAUGCUCUUCUAUUGGAGCAUAUAUCGCAAUCAAAGUGCUGAAAACAAAGCCGUUGAUCGAGGUUGCCUCGGAGGAUCGAUGGAGAAGGAUAUUCCCAAUGUCAUUUGUAUUCUGCAUAAACAUCGUGUUGGGGAAUGUCAGCCUGCGCUACAUUCCAGUCUCCUUCAUGCAGACAAUAAAAUCUUUCACUCCUGCAACAACAGUGAUUCUUCAGUGGUUGGUCUGGAGGAAAUACUUCGAGUGGCGCAUCUGGGCUUCUUUGAUCCCAAUAGUGGGAGGGAUUCUGCUGACUUCCAUAACCGAGCUGAGCUUUAACAUGUUUGGCUUUUGUGCUGCCAUGGUGGGCUGCCUGGCCACAUCCACAAAGACCAUCCUGGCAGAGUCCCUGCUCCAUGGAUACAAGUUUGAUAGCAUCAACACGGUGUACUACAUGGCACCAUUUGCGACGAUGAUCCUGUUGAUUCCAGCAAUCGUGCUUGAAGGCAGCGGCGUGGUGAGCUGGCUCUACACCUACGACUCCGUGGCCCCUGCGCUGGUGAUCAUCAUCACGUCGGGGGUGAUGGCCUUCUGCCUAAACUUCUCCAUCUUCUACGUGAUCCACUCAACGACGGCCGUGACCUUCAACGUGGCCGGCAACCUCAAGGUGGCGGUGGCGGUGCUGGUGUCGUGGAUGAUCUUCCGGAACCCCAUCUCAGGGAUGAAUGCUGUCGGCUGUGCCAUCACCCUCGUUGGCUGCACCUUCUAUGGCUAUGUGAGGCACCUCAUCUCGCAGCAGGCCACCGCCACGCCGGGCCCGUGCACUCCCAGAGGCCGCAUGGAGAUGCUGCCGCUCACCGGCGAGAAGCAAGGCGACAAGAUUUAGCAGCAGUUACCCCCAUCUUCUUCAUACCGGCGUCGAUAUCAUUAGGAAGGAAUAAACCAGCAUAUAUAUACAUCUGAUCUAACAGCCGUUUCAGCAUGGAUCAUCAGGAGAUUUUUGGCAUAUAGAACCACUAUACCAGAGGAGCGAAAGGGCACUAGUUCCAGUCGAGUUGGUGUAGAGCUUUGUAAAAGAGUUGCUGUUUUUUUUUUUUUUGCUCAUGCUAGCAUCUUUGUCUGUCUUUGUUUUUUGGUCUUGAUGACGAUGAUACAUACAUUUGGUAACCAGGUUUUGUUGCUGUCAUUGCUGUUACAA